AUGCAUGGGUUAAGACCGUCGCCAUCGGGUGCCCUACACCUGGGAAUCGCGCUAUUAGCGAUCGGCGCAAAUGCUACACCCCUAACGAAGCGCGGCGUCGAUAACUGGAAUGACAUCACUCCCUCUUCCGACCUGACAUGGACGUCAUGUUUCGAUGAUUUUCUCUGCGCAAAGCUCCAGGUACCUCUCGACUACGAAAACCCUGAUACAGGUACCGCAUCGCUGGCGUUUAUCAAGCUCCCUGCCGAGCAUGACCCCGACUCAGCGCAGAGCUUAGUCUUAAACAACGGUGGCCCCGGCGCCUCGGGCAUUAAUUUCGUGACUUCAUACCCCUCGGAGCUUCGCCAGGCAUUCGGAUCCCAGUAUAACCUUGUCUCGUUUGACCCGCGUGGUGUCAAUAACAGCGACCUCGUUGUGGACUGCUAUCGUGGUGACACCGCAGCUCGAAAAGAUUUCACUACUAGCUUCUAUAGCGAAGUUGCAGAUGCAUCUCCUGCCGCACCAUCGAUGCAUUUCUCAGCGAUUCAGUCCUACGGAAAAUGGUGCAGCGAUACCCUUAAGCAAAACACAACUGCAAAAUACAUCAGCACACCGGCUGUCGCGCGGGACUUGUUGACAUUUGCGAAAGCGGAAAGCAAAGCGGCAGGAAAGUCGGAAUCGGACGCCAAACUAUGGUUUUACGCAAUGAGCUACGGGACUGUCAUCGGAUCGACUUAUGCGUCGCUAUUUCCGGAAAACGUGGGCCGGUUGAUCCUGGAUGGUGUCAUGGAUGGCGAGGACUACUACAACGGCCAGUGGAAAUCGCAUACCGAAGACUCGGAUAAAGCGAUUCUCACAUUCCCGAAAUUCUGCCAUCAAGCUGGAGCAGAAACGUGCGCUUUCUGGGGCCCUUCCACGCAGAAUAUCACCGAUCGAAUGGAUAACCUCUUGACGAAUCUCAAGUCGACGUCGUCUAAUGAGACUACCUCUGGGGCCACGUACUCUGAGCUCGUCUUCGCAAUGACUCUUUCUUCCUAUGGACCCUUGCAGAUGUUCCCCAUGCUUGCACAAGGCCUCGCCGCAUUGGAAAAAGGUGACGGCAGCGCAAUCGCGUCCAUGGGUAGCUGGCUAUCCGCACAGUCGUCUAAUGACGCACGGGCUCUCAUUUCGUGUGUCGAUACCUAUGGUCUCGCCACUCUAGCCAAUCUGGACUCCUUGAACGACUAUGUGUCUUAUCUCACUGGAACCAGCAAGUAUCUCGGCUCGGCUAUGGCGGAAAUCGCGCCUCGAGCCUUAUGCAGUGCAAUCGAGAUGGACCUUCCUACUGGGUCGAGCUUCCACGGCUCUCUACCCCCAUCUAGUAAGAACACAGCAUUCCCUAUCCUAUUCGCAAGUAACACCAUCGAUCCCGUGGCUCCGUUAGCAGGGGCCAAGAAAAUGUCCCAAGCUUUCGCCGGCUCUGUGCUUUUGACGCAGAACAACGUCGGGCACACGGCCAUUACCGCCGCAUCUGACUGUUACCUUCAAAACAUCAAGGACUACCUGGGAGGAACCGUCCCUAAAGAGGAUGUGACGUGUGAUUGGGAUCGGGUGCCGUUCCAAGACCCAAUAUUCAUUUCUCCUAUGUGA